AUGGUUUAUUUAUUUAUUAAUUAAUUUAUUUAUUUAUGUAUUUAUUUAUUUUAUUUGCACCAAAUAGAUUCAAUUUUUAAACAGUAUGUUCACAGAAUAUAGGGCUUGUCAGUUUGAUAUACAUUACAAUAAGUAAAUAACACUUAAAACAUAUACAAUAUAUACAUGACUUAUAGACAAUAUCAUAUACAUAGGUAGAAAUACAUAUAUAAUGAUAUAAAAAAUGUAGAUAAAACUAACACAAUUCAAUAUACAUGUUGACGUCAGCCGGGGCUUCGCCCCAUGAGCCUAGUCAUCCUCCGUUCCCCUCCCUAUCCUGCCCGGCAUUUAUACCGAUACGUACGUAGUCGUGUUGGUUUUUGAAUUGCGCGCCACGAACUGCCGCAAGAGGGCGCUUAGCUUUAGUACUUCGUACCACUAAAACACCAAAAUUAAGCCUUUUUAUUUUAACCCCUAAAUAAUGUUAAGACAGGUCAGCCGAGUGAGUGUUCUUUUGUUUCUUAAAUAGUUAAUUUUAGUAAAGUAAGUGCAAGCACGGCCAAUGACGCUCCCUAGCGGGAUACGACGGAACUAAAAUAGAACUUUAUUUAAACUGUUUUCCAUGUACAAGUAAUUAUUACAGAAGGUCUCUGCGUGGGUUUUUAUGUAUUAAUUUUGUAAGAGGUUCAUGUUAUUCUUUCUAAUAACCCGGGACACGCAGUCUUACAAAUAAUAACGGUAAUUGUGUUCGGCACGAAAGACGCCAUGUUUCCCGCCGCAAGCCUUGGCUCGCCCCAGUCUCCUUCUUUAGCCGGCCGAGAGCGGACGUCUCUGCAGACACCCCGAGGACAUCACCGUUGAUCACUGAUAGGUAGCUCUGUAAAUUUAAUUAAUCCAAACUGCUUUAUUCUUAUCGUCGGGGCCUCUCUCGGUCGGUGGGGCUGUAUCUUAAAUAGUUUUAAACUCCCAGGAGUUUUUAGCAUUCUCUCUACGUAAAAGCUUUGGGGUGGCCACGUAAGUGGUCCGCCUCCUCAAUCUGUACCAAUUCGUGCCUCAGGCGUUUCAACCGUGUAAAGGGAGGAGUGUAAGAGAGCGUGUAAAGUAUAAAUAAAUCAACUUAAACAGGUCAUGUGUUUUUGUGUUUGGGGGCCACGUGGGUCCUUCCUCCAGUCAGCGGCUUGUAGGACGCCCUAAGAGCCCACUGCGAUUAGGUAGGAGCGUGUCCGACACUGAGAGCGGGCUAGGUACAGGUGCAGGUGUCGACGCGGGAGUCAGGAGGGCCAAUAUCUCGCCGCACACAGGCCACGUAAUGCCCUGAGUAAGAGUUUCCAGUCGGGUCCACGUGCCCACUCACAUGGUGGCGCCCACUAUUUCCGCAAUCAGUAUAAAACGCAACACCGGUAGGCCCUCAAUGUUAAAAAUUGAUAAGUUAAUCUUAAAAGCUCUUAUUUACCAUAAAGGAUACAUUGUUUCAGGCUUUACUUGAAACACACAAGACUAUAAUUCAAACAUUAUUUUUAUAAAUAAAAUUAAAAAAAUUACACGUAAUCGUAUAUUUCUUGUAUGCUAUAAAAGCAUUUAUUUUCAAACAUAUUAUGAAAUUUUUUGUUGCAUUUUUCCAAAUUUACUUCAGCAGUUACAUGCUUAGGUAAUCUAUUAUACAUUUGUAAGCCCAUAUAAAACAUGCUUCUACUAAAUUAUUCUAAGUUUUUCUGCAUUUCUUGUAUUGUAAUCGUGAUAAUUUUUAUUUUUAAUAUAACUUUCAAUGUUCUGAUGUACAAGUUUUAAUACCUGAAUAGCGUAUUCUGUGUAAACAGUAUUUAUCUUCAGAGUUACAAAAAGAGGCUUGCACGAGGUUCUAUUUCUUACACCAGUUAUUAUGCGUAAAGCUUUUUUUUUUUGUUUUAAAAAAAUUAUAUUUAUAUAUUUGGAGCUACCCCAAAAUUCAAUGCCAUAUUUCAUUAUAGAAUGGAAAUAAGCAUAAUACACUUUUUUCAUUGUGUUCAAAUCCAACAAUAAUUUAAGUGCCGUUAACAAAAAGCUGAUUGAAGAAAGUUUGUUUUCAAGUUUGUUUAUAUAUUAUGUUCUGACCAUGACAGUCUUUUGUCUAUAUAUAGUCCUAAGAAUUUUACAACAGUUGUAUCUUCUAUGUCAGUAUUGUUAUAACUUGUUAGAAUUUGAGGUUCUUCCUUUCUGUGUUUUUUAAAUUGUAAAAAAUUUUUUUUCUACAUUUAGUUUCAGUUUAUUUAUAUGGAAACAAUUUUCCAAGGUAGUUAGAUUUGUAACUAUUUUUUGUCUAAGCAACUCACAACUACUUCCUCCAACUAAUAGACUUGUGUCAUCUGCGAACAAGGUUACUGUGCUGUUCUUAAUAAGUUUGGGUAAUUCACUAAUAUAUAUUAGGAAAAACACCCGUGUUCUAAGUAAGGAUUUGAGGCGACCAUGUGUGUGGUCCGCCUCCUCAACUAAACCGAUUUGUGCCUCGGGCGUUUUCUUAACAGUGUAAAGGACGGAUUGUAUGAGGACGUGUAACGUGUAAGUAAAUAAAACCAACUUAAUUGAGUCACGUGUCUUUGUGUUCGGGGGGGCCACGUGGGUCCUUAACCCAGUCAGCGGCGUGUGGGACGCCCUAAGAGCCCACUGCGGUUAAGUAGAAGCGUGCCCAACACUGAGAGCGGGCUCGGUUAGGGAUAGGUGCGAAAUUAAAUAUCAGGAGGGCUAAUAUCUCGCCGCACACGGGUCACGUAACACCCUGAGCAAGAGUAUCAAGCCGGGUCCAUGUGCCCACUCACGUGGUGGCGCCCACUAUUUCCACCAAUAAUUCAAAUCGUAACACCGAAGAGUUUACUAUCAAUUAAAAUCAAUGACUAGUACGAGAACCGAACAUGAAAAUAAAUAAUUAUUUUGACACAAAAUACAUAUUUUUGAUAUUUCGCGGACUAAAUUAUUUGUCGUAAAAUAAAGUCAUCUUUCUUAAAAUUUAUUUUGGUAAAAUUAAUAACAUACUACAAAUAAGCACAAAUUUGUUGAUGUAAACUUUAAGGAGAAACAUUUAAACCGAAAACCUAAAGAUUUAUUGAAUACUUGGUGUGCCUGCGACUACAUUUGUGGAAAAGGUUUUAAGUACAGGAAAAAAAAGAGGUUGUAUCCUGUGAGAACGAUGUAACUUAUAUUGAUACAAUAUGUUCAAAAUGCUUUAUCAAAACAAGAAUUAUCAUCAAGAAAAAAUUUCAUCAAAAUCCGUUGGUCAAUUGUUUUUUUUUUUUUGUGUGACUGUUUUUACUCUCAAAACUUCUACAUAAUUGUAGCCAACUAUGGAGAAUUAAAAAUAUGCUAAUUCUUCCAUUUUAUAUAUUGAAGUUUAUCCCUGAAUCCUGAAGGCUUGAUCCUGAUCGCUUGAUUCUGAUGGCAUGAUCCAUUGGCUUGAUCCUGUGGUACAUGAUGCUGGCUGAUUUAGUUACGUACGUUGAAAAAUCCUGAUGGCAUUAUUCUGUUGGCUUGAUCCUGUGGUACAUGAUGCUUGCUGUUUUAAUUCAUUACGUCCUUUAUUAGGUCCACGCCUCCUGGAUCCAGGGGUGAACUUCAAUUAUGAAAUGGAAGAAUUUGGAUAUUUUUAAUCAUCCAUAGUUGGCUACAGUUGUGCCAAAUAAAGAGAUACACGAUCACGGGUGUUCCUUCAAAUGAAAAAAAGUUGUCAUUUUACUAAAAAUAUAAAAAAGAGCUCCAAUUUAUAAAAAAAUAAUGGAUGGCCAGAGCAAAGAUGCUUUCAGCAACGAGUGUUGGAGUACGGGACUUGAAAGAUCGGGCAGAUCUGUUUACCCGACCAUUAAACAAGAAAGUAACGAACUGGUGGAAGAUAAUUAUAGCCAUGAAGUUAAAAAUAAUGUUCAGAACGACUUUAAGUAUGAAGAUGAUAGUGUUGUUAAUAAAGAUGACUGCAGUCGUGAAGAUACAAGUAAUGGAAGUGUCAUUGUUCCCAGCUCUGAUUCAUCCAUGGCAACUUGUGGUUUCACGUUUGUUAACGUUAAAACAGAGGUAGCUGAGAAAAAGGAAUAUGAAGAAAUGGCAAUCAGUGAAGAACAAAUUGUUUAUGAUCCAUUAGAAAAAAGUAACAUUUUGCUAGCAGCCCCAUAUGGCAGUAAAAACUUCAAGACUGACAGUGUUACCUGUGCGAAGGCAACAAUUGAUUUGGGGAAAAGUACUUCUGGCACAGGAUAUGCAGCAGGUGUGCAGUCAAGAAGUCACUUGGAACAAAAAAUGCUGAACCAUUAUGGUGACCUUUCAGGGAUAAUUGAUCAAGUGCAUCAUCAAAAUGAAAAAAGUGCAAACAUGCACCACAAUCUUAUCCAGACCAGUAAGAUCAGUUCCUUGUAUUUAACUUGCUCCACUGAAGUGGGUGUGUUUAACCAAGCUAUUAAGUCUUUUUCUUGUAACAUGUGUAAAGCUAGUUUUUAUAAUACUUGCACACUGAAACAACAUAUAAUCACCCACACACGCGAUGCAAAUAUUCCUGGUAAAGUUUGUAAGAAGAGGCUUGUUCAUAACAGGGCAAAGAGUAAACAUGUUUCAUGCGCAUUGUGUCUCAAAACAUUUUUUACUAAGUCUAGUCUUAGAAUACACAUGUGGGCACAUACAGUUAAAGAUUCUUUUUCGUUAUCAGAAUGUGGUGAAAUUAUUUCUCGUAAAGGUUACACAAGUGAGAAAACAUUUUCUUGUUCAGUAUGCAGUGCCAAAUUUUCUCAAAAAUCACACAUUAAUUCACAUAUGCGAGCACAUAAAGGUCGGAAACCAUUUCAGUGUUCAGUAUGCAGUAUAAAAUUUCCUCGGGAAUCACAGCUUAAAAUACAUAUGCGUACACACACAGGUAAGAAACCAUUUUCCUGUUCAGAAUGCAGUAAAAAAUUUUCUCAGAAAGGUAACUUGAAAACACAUAUGCGAACACAUACCGGUGAGAAACCAUUUUCCUGCUCAUUAUGCGGUGGAAAAUUUGCUCAUAAACAUAGCCUGAAAAAACAUAUGCGUAAACACAAUUGAAAAACCUUUUUCCUGUUUAGAAUACAGUGAAAAAUUUUCUCUCAAAACUUCUUUAAUUGUAUGCUUGCGUGCACACACAGGUGAGAAAACAUUUUCUUGCACAGGAUGCAGUAAAAAAUUUCUGUGUAAGGUAACUUAAAAUCACAUUAUGAGAACACAUGCGAUUAAUAAACUAUUUUCCCGUUUAGUAUGUAGGUAGUUUAAAAAAUUCAAAAACAUCACUUAUCUUUACAUAAUGCACUCACAUACAGAUAAGAAACCAUUUUGUGUUCUGUUUGCAGUUUACAAUGUUUUCUGAAAGGUUACUUUAAAUUACAUACACAAGUAAAUUACAUAUGUGUACAUACACAAGUGAAAAGGUUUUUUUUUUUUAUUUAUUAUGCACUGCUAAAUUUUCUCAGAAACCUCAAUUAAGUUUACAUAUACAUACACUUGCAGGUGAGAAACCAUUUUAUUGUUAAGUGUGUAAUGCAGAAUUUCUUUAGGAACCUCAGUUGAAUUAAUGUAUGUGUACCAAUAUUGAUGAGAAAUCAUUUAAAUGUUUAGUACGCAUAGCAAAGUUUCCUCAGAAAGAUAUUCUAAUAUUACAUACACUUACACUAUUACAAGUGUAGUAGGCCAGACGUGACACUACACAACACUGUAAUAAUUCAUAACUCUUUAAUGCUGCAGAUAGAAGACGGUAUCUUCCAAAUUUUUAAAUUAGUACCGUGUUUUCUCGCAUAAUCGUCGCACAUUUUAUUCUAAAAUCAAGUUUGAAAAGUAAAGGUGCGAUGAUUAUGCGGAAAAAAAAUUUUUUUGUUAGGUAAAGUUAUUCAUAAAAACAAAACCCAUUCAUGGAACGUACAUUUAUUUUAAAAAAAGGUGGAGUAUACAAGAGCACGCCAAACAAUUCAUAUUAAUAACUCAUUAAACAAAAACCUUUCUUCAACUUUAAACAGAAAAACCAAACUGUAACGCGAACGCAAGCCACUUGAAUCUGUGACGUGAACCAACACGUAGCUAUUGCCGUAGUACACAUUUACCACGAAAGAAUGUGAGCCAUCAAAUAAAUGUAGUUAACUCGGCUCUCGACACAGAGCGCCUUGUUGCAUGCAAUCGGCAAUAUAUCGAUAUUUGACUACGUGCGCCCGCUCUAUACGGGAAGCAACAUAAGCAAACAUGAAUGAUGCCAACUAGCACUGGCUACAUGUUUAUAAACAGUACACCGCGGCGACACAGACAUUCAGAUAAAGAAAAUAACGUUUAAAAAGUGUUUAAAAGAAUAUUUACAUGUCAGACAACUUCAUUUUUCCGUUAAUUAAAUAAGUAAGUGGUAAUUUCCAAAUAAAUAUUAGAUUUCUACUUUAAAAUACAUUGUUUUAUACGGAAAAGAUACCUACACAAAGCGCUCGGCAUGUAAUAGCGGGAUUAAAAACAUCAUACGUAGUUUAUGCGAGAAGUUUUUUUAUCCCAAUUUUGACGGCCAAAAAUAUAGGUGCGACGAUUAUGCGAGUGCGACUAUUAUGUGAUAAAAGAGGGUAUUAUUUUCUUACUAUUUUCUUACUCAAUGAAAAAUGUGAAGAUUUUAUUAAAUUAAAUGUGUUUUAUACUGAAUUAAAUGAGUUAACUUUUAAACAUGGUUUUUGAUUUAUUCUUUUCUGAAACAUUAUUGUCAUUUUAAAUACAAUACAUUCCCAAUUAUGGUUCAAGGUUCGUCACUCAAUCAAUAUCGCUGUAAGUUCCACAGUUACCUCGUUCACCAGGUACAAAAAAAAUUGUGAGCGAGAUGAAAAUGUAUCAAUCACCAUUGCUGCUUAGCAAUGCCAAUGCAUGGGCUCACAUUAGCAAUUAUAAGAAGCCAAAUAUACGUACAGGGUGUUAGCGAACACUGGGGCAUAAAUUUAAUGGUUUGCAAGAAAUGCUAAGAAAGAAAUUCUCAUAAAUGAACAUAUGUAUGUCUGGAAAAGCAACCCUGCAAAUGCAAAGUUAUACACCUGAACAGUAUGUAACAACCCAGACUACUGCCCUCCCCACUUGGUAUAUGAUUUAAUUAACAAUUUAGUAUGGAGUCUCAUCAUGUUCAGUACAUUGGUUAAGUUUUCUGAUAUCCUUGAAAUAACAGCUGGUUAUUCCUUUUAAGAAGUAUUUGUGUGUUUGCCAUAAAUUUUAUGAUCAUAAUUUAUAUUGUUUCAUGUUUUUUAAGGUGUUUCAUGUUUUUUAAGGUGUUUUGAAGGUUUUUUUUCUUUAUGGUGAAAAAUGCCCCUAUGCUUUAAUUUUACUUAUGUGUACAGUUAGGUUUUUCUGUGUAUUCAAAUAUUUAAACAUUGCUUGUGUUUGCUUUGUUUGUAAAUGACGUGUUAACGUAAUUUUCUUCUGAUUUUUUUUCUCACCAAGAUUCUUUGUCUGAAGUUAAGCUGAUGCAAUAGUCUGGCCUGUUGCGUAAGAAUGAGUGAGUAAGAACCUUGGAGUGUGUCAGGUGGCUGUUGCUAUGUGCCCGUGUUGAUAUUUUAGAAAUUUGUGUCGACAUUCGUCGGUAAUAGCCCAUAACAACGAUCGAGUGAAUUUAUCUUUGUUCCAAGGACGUAGUCCAUCUGCUUGUACCGUGGAUCAUGUUUAACCACAGGACUUAACUACGAAUUAUCUUUAAAUAUUCAUCCUUCGGUACUUAUGAACAGUAAACUUGUUUAUUCUGCAAUCAUUGAAGAGGUUAUGUGCGCGUUGUUUGUAGAUUGUACAUGUACUUGUUCUUGUGGUCGUAAUAUGGCGGCCAUUGUGUUAAUGUGAAUUUUUGGUAAAGGACAAUAAAAAGGAGUAUGCUCCGUU